AUGGCAUUUCUCUUGACAAACCUGGCCCAAAGUUGGACUAGUUACAAAUUAAAUUUGGAGUAUAUACGAGUCGCGUAUUACAACAAGGAAUUUGUUGAUUUAGAACAAUUGGAAAUUGUUAAGGUCAACAGGACCUAUAGGUACUUCAUUGCAAAAGGACGAAGUCUUAAAACUGUCAACACUUAUGCGACCAACUACAAAAUAGUUUUCCAAUCCUUACGUCUGGCCUAUCACAAUCCAGAAUAUGUUGACGUCAAGAAUUUUGAAGUUCAAAGAGUUAACAGGACUUACAGUUUUUUGCACGUCAAUGUGGUUACUAAAAAAAUUGUGAACAGUGCUGUGGUGCAAGGUCAACUCUACAAACAAAUGAGCAACAGGUACAAAGAACACUUUCGUCCGCUAACUUCGGACUUCUGUUCCUUAUUUUCUGGAAUAAACAACUCCAAACUGUCAGGAAUGUCAGGACAACUGAUGGCAACCCUUCUGAAACCUUUGCACAAGGCCUUCAACAGUCCUGGUCAACAAUUGCCCAAGGGCUGUCCUAUUCCACCUGGCCCAAUUGUUAUGAAGUUCAGUGCCAAUGAGGAUGACUUUCCUGGUUUUUUGUUUCCUGAAGGCAAAUGGAUGCUAAAAGGGAAUAUUACUGAUGGUGCAACUCUAUUGUUCAAUACGAGCAUGUAUUUUGAUAUCAGGACGUUUUUGUCGGAGAAACAGAAAAAAAUAUUGGGUUGA